UUUAAAGGUUACGUCACCGGAUGAUAGAGGAGAAGCACAGAGGUCAUGACCUGAUGCAUGCUGAAAUGAUAUUAAUACUGUUUGCAUCUAUUGGAGUAGCACAGGUACUCCUCUUCUUAUGGAGAAUAAAACACAGGAAAUCAUACCAGGCCAUUACCUUAUUAGGCAUGUGGAUAAUUCCAUUUUAUUUGUGUGUUCGGUUGAGUUUCUGGAGGAUGAUCAUCGCUACUAGGAAGAAGCUUCAUGUCAACACUCCAAGGAUAGUGUACAGGUGGUUCUUAUGGAUAUAUCAAGCUAGUUAUGCUCUAGGUAUCAUUGGGUAUCUAGUAUUAUUACUAGUGUUCACUGGACUGGGACUAUUGCUACCAGUUAAUCCUGACAUUAUACUGGAGACUGGAGUGACACUGGUGUUUUAUGGAGUGUACUAUGGUGUAAUGGGACGAGACUGCGCUGAGGUCUGUCUGGACUACAUGUCAGCUGCCAUGACAGUAAGAAGACAGAUAGUCCUGAGAUCAUCCCACUAUGAUCUGUGACUUCAUUGAGUGCUAGCAUUCCACUUAAAACUUUAUCUAUUAUAGCUAUCAGUACUGAAAGGGUUGUUCAGCUUAUUAUUGCAAUGAAAAGUAUUAGUGAAAGAUAAGGAGAAGAUGGUGAGAGCGUACGAAGGACUGAAAAGGAGCAAAGCUGAAAAAAAUUUGAAAGAAAAGAGGAAAAAGAAAACAAGUACAUUUAGUGGACAAGUUGUCAAUUUUUUAAAACUGAGCAAGUUGUGUUUUUAGUGAACACAUUCAUAGUUACGAAAAAUUUGUAUGGUCAAUA